GUUAUCCAGUCGUCGGUCCAUAACAUCAUGCCUCCCAAAGGUGCCGGAAAGAGGAAGAACACGACUGUGUAUAGUGAUGAUUCCCCCACACCCCCAGUGCCCACACUUGCGGAACAGCUGUCCUACCUCCAGUAUCCUCGGCCCUUCAAGAAUCCAAACUACACCAAGAACACGAACCGCCGGACGAAGAAUCUGAAGGCGGUCCUUACCCAGGAGCGCGAGCGAGAGAAGAACGAGCGGGAGAGGCGGAGACAAGAGAAGGAAGAAAAUAUGGAUGUCGAUGGUGAGCAGCCGGCGGAGGAUCCACUUGAGGAUGACCUUCCUACAUACGCAUCGAUUGAGGCACCCCCAUCUGUCUUGCCUCAACGGCGAUAUUGCGAUAUCACUGGACUGGAGGGGCCAUACACGGAUCCUGCCACCGGGCUCCGAUACCAUGACAAGAGUAUAUACGAGCUGAUCAGGGGUCUUAGUGCGACAGCAGCAAAGGAGUACUUGUCAGCUCGUGGUGUCAACCCCAUCGUCAAGUAACGCAGGUCCGCUUUUCGAAACUGCAUCUUUAUAGCAGUAUGUACUUCUGUUGUAGGAUCGUACUGCCUUGUUGGCUUUGUACUCU